ACGUUAAAUGACUGUCGUGAAAAAAACUAAAACACGUUACUGCUUCCUUCAGAAAUCAGACAGUUGAUCAAGAUGGCGGCACUCAAUUCAGAACAGUGGCUGAAUGACUUACCGAACCACACGAUAUUCAAAAUAAUACGCGAGAAGUUGGAUUUGGAGCGCACCUCGAGUGAAAGAGGGAUCGCUAAGAACCUCACGUUUUGUUUGGGAGCGGAUUUUUUCGUGUGGGACGAUUCAGACCGCGUGUUUUACACAACCAACCUGCGGCAGUUAAACACAGAGGAGAGCUCCAGUAGCGGGAAGUAUCAGACCUUGCUGUGCAUCAACCCGCCGCUCUUUGAAGUGUGCCAGGUGCUGGUGAGCCCGACACAGCACCAUGUCGCGCUGGUCGGUCAACGAGGCGUCUCGGUCCUGGAGCUUCCUCUGCGGUGGGGCAAGAGGUCCGAGUUUGAAGGCGGACGCAGCAAAAUCAACUGCAAGACAAUCCCUGUGGCGGAGCGCUUCUUCACCAGCUCACCGUCGGUCAGUCUGCGACAGGCGGCUUGGUACCCUAGCGAGACUGACGAGCCACAUAUGGUGCUGCUCACUUCAGACAACACGAUCAGAUUUUACGGCUUGAAGUCUCCGCAGACAUCGGCCAAAAUCCUGCCAGUGUCGCAGUCAGAAGAUGAGAGCAGCCUCCACCCUCCGGUGCGUUCGUACGCAGCUUCUCUGGGAGAGAUAGCAGUGGCGUUUGACUUUGGGCCGAUUUCAUCCCCUCCUCGGCAGCUGCCAGGACAGGUCUCCAAAGACCAGCUGGUCUACCCUCUCUAUAUUCUUUACGAAAAUGGGGAGACCUAUGUGAGCUACACGAGCCAGGUAAACGGUAUAAGUCUAAGUAAACCCGUUGGACCUCUCCCCAUGUAUCCAGCAGCAGAGGAUAACUAUGGCUAUGAUGCUUGUGCCAUUCUGUGCCUGCCAUGUGUUCCGAGUAUCUUGGUCAUCGCCACAGAAACGGGCACACUGUAUCACUGUGUCGUGCUGGAGUCUGAAGAAGAGGACGACACGGGGGCAGUGGAAAAGUGGAUCCGAGGCACAGAGACAGUGCCAGCUCUUUAUGUGUUUGAGUGUGUUGAGCUAGAGCUCAUACUUAAAGUGGCAACGGGAGAGGACGAGGAGCCGCAAGAGUUUGAUUUCACCUGUCCAAUCAAACUGCACAGAGACCCCCUCUGUCAGCACCGGUAUCAUUGCACCCAUGAAGCAGGAGUGCACAGCGUGGGGCUAAUCUGGGUCAACAAGCUGCAGAGGUUCCUUAAAUCAGAUGAGGAGGAUAAGGACAGUCUCCAGGAGCUGGCUGCUGAGAAGCGCUGCAUCGUAGAGCACAUUCUUUGCACCAGACCGCUCCUGACCAGUCAGUCGGCUCCAAUUCGUGGUUUUUUGAUUGUGUCUGACCUCGCCUUGGGCGCCACCAUGAUCUGCAUCACCAGCAAUUACGAGUGCAUUCUGUUACCCCUUCUGAGCUCCAUUCGCCCUCCCUCCCCUCCCCUGCUUUGCUCCCACCCAGGUCUGGGCUCUGCCAGCUCCCCUCUGCGUGGGCUGGCCGAAGACUCCUUUGAGCAGCACAUUCGCAACAUCCUGGCACGGAGCUCCACCAAUCCUCUUGUACUUAAAGCUGGAGACAAGGACACAUCACCACCACCUCCAGAGUGUCUGGAGCUCCUCAGCAGAGCCACACAGGUGUUCCGUGAGGAGUACAUUCUCAAGCAGGACAUGGCUCGUGAAGAGAUGCAGAGGAGGGUGAAACUCCUGACAGGCCAGAAGAACAAGCAGCUGGAGGAGUUGUCUCUCUGCAGGGAGGAGAGGAAGAGUUUGAGAGAAGCAGCAGAAAGGUUGGCUGAUAAAUACGAAGAUGCAAAGUAUCGCCAAGAAACCAUUAUGAACAGGGUUAAGAAAGUGUUGUGUAGCCUGCAAAGCCAGCUACCCAUACUGUCAAACAGUGAAAAAGAAAUGAAGAAGGAGCUGCAGACCAUCAAUGAUCAACUGAAACACCUGGACAACUGCAUCAGACAGGUGAACAUGAAGAUGGAGUACCAGAAGACACAAGUGGACAAGGAUAUGCCCGGAACUAGGGCAAGAGUCUCUCUCAACGCUCCCCAGAAAAAGGUUGUUCAGGAUGUCCUCAAAGAACAAGGACAGCAAAUUGGUGACAUGAUGAAGCAGAUCAAAGACAUCAAAAAUCAUUUUAGUUUCUAAACACUGCAGAAAAAUGCUAGUUUUUUUCUGUAUAGUUGGGAAAAUAUUUCAAAUUUCAAAUACACUCAGUUAUUACAUUUGCAUUUUUUUCUGACAUUUGUUAAGAAACUGUAAUGAGUUCUUGAGCUCAAAGUGGUUGUGCUAUGUUCUUAUAUACUAUAUCUUAUAUGCGCUAGUGUAACUUUACCUUUCAUACCAAAUGUUGUUCCUUAAUACAGAAUACAGAAAUACAAAAGGUUGGAUUUUCUCUUACAAAAAAUUGUAUAUUUUUACAUCAAUAUUUUUUACAUGUUAAUGAUUGAGUCACUAACAUACUCAGUUUAAUGUCCCAUGUAUAGGCAGGAAAAAUUAAAAAUAAUUUGUGCUAAACUAACCUUAUACAGCUGUUUUCAAUUUUGUUUGCUCACUUUUUUGCAUAAAAAAAUAAACUUGAAAUUAUUCAA